AAGAAAUUACAGUUCAAGUCAAUGAUGAUAAGUUCGAUUUUAUCAAACUUCCUUUAGAUGCAAAACUUACCGAGAUACGUAAGACACUUUCUGCCAAUUCUGAUAUAAGGAUGGGCGAUAAAGUCAAUUUUUUAAAUUCAUCUCGCAAAUAUGAUCCCAAAAUGCCUCGUGAAUACGAAGAAACAUAUAAUUUGAAAGCUAUACUUGGUUGUGAUAAUAUUUUAAAGAUCAGCGGCACUAUCGAACCAGAUUGGCCAGAAAUUAUAAGAAUAAAUUCUCUUGAAUAUGGUGUGUUUUUUAAGAAGGAUGGGCCGGUGCAUGCAGAGAAAAAAAAGGCUUACAAGAUUAAACAAUAUCCUAAGUCUAUUUUGGCGAAACCAGAUAUUCGUGAUGAGGAGAAAGUUUGCAGGACGGGAAUCGAUGAAUUUUAUUUAAAAAAUUUCUUUGUAACGACAAAGGUUGGAGGGAAAUUACCAUACUUGCCUUCAAUUGAUGGCACUUACAUUUCGAGAUCCGAAACACACUGCAAUGUUGCUGAAUUCGAUAAAUACAAUGUAAAAAAAAGCAUAAAAGCAGUAUUUAAUAUGACCAAAGCUGAGAUUGAACCUACAGUAGAAUUCGUUUCAGCAGUCGAGGCAGCUCUUGAAUCAGAAGAUCGAUAUCAAUCCCUUAAGAAAGUUACCGAAGAGUUUGGCGAAUAUUGGUGCGAACAAGUUAAAAUUGGUGGAAGUAUUUUAUAUGUUAGUAAAAAAGAAGCCAGAACUAAAGAAGCAGCUACUACUGAAGAUGUAAGUACAUCUACUGGAUUGAACUUUCCUGGGUCUAUUGAAGCCGAAGGAAGUACUGAAAAAAAUAAAGAAAAGAAGACUUCGAAUUCACAGGAAAGGGAAUAUUCAUUUAUAAAAAUACGAGGGGGCUCAGAAGAAGAAUUUUAUGAUGAAGGAGGUUUUCCUAAAUGGCUAAAAUCUCUGAAGAAUUAUAAGAAAUGGAGCGUAGUAAAAUAUUCGAAGGUUCAUUCUAUAUUUGACAUACUUGGUGAAGACAUACAAAAAGAAGUAGCUAAGGAAUUUAAGAAACGAAUCGUUUAUUCUAAAGUGAUAAAUAUAGACAACUUCAAAAUGGAUCUUUCCGAGCCAGAACCAUAUGUAUAUGAAUUCCCUAAAAAUAUUGAUCUAUCAAAUACACAAAUUUUUAUUACGGAAAUGAAUGACAAUAAAUCCGAUACAAUAUUUGCAUCUCGGGUUCAUUAUUAUAAAAAUAAAGAACAGCCAGUAAUUCUAUUACAUCGACUUGGAAAACUAAAAAAGCAACAAAGUUUCCGAACGUUUUCAGUAAAAUUGGGCUUGAUCUUAAUCGGUACAUCAACUAGAUUAAACCUGCUUGGGCAAAGUUUAUCACAACUAGAAUUCGAAAAUGGCGAAGAACAAAUCAAUAAUAUGAAUAUUAUAGAUGAUAAAUACUCAGCAGAAAUUUCAAAACACCGAAUGAAUAUAAAUAAAACGAGUCUUUUGGCAACUUUUGUUUCGAAAUCAAAAGAUUCGCAAAUUAAUCCUUAUAUUUUAAAACACAUUGUCAGAGCCCAUUUUGUUAAUGAUAAUGAAAAUGGUUCUAUUAAAGCUUGUGCAUUUUGUUAUAAUCUUGAAAGUAGGAAGCUGGAUUAUUCGAACAAAGAUGUCGAAUUUUUGAUCAAUUACAGUAUUAUUUCACAAGUAGAACAACAUCAAACCGCCAAACUUGGCUUAGCUCAAAUAAAGAAUAAAUUUACUAAAUCUAUAAGCAGACGAUUAACUCAUUCUAAAAGAUUCGAUGUUCUAUUUGACGAUUAUUCUAAUUUACCUCAAAAUAACGAUCAAGGAAGACCAUGCUUGGAAAAUCCAAUUUUUGUUAAUUUGCUCCUAAACAAAUGCCCACAAAAUUGUCCCCAUGGAGUCUUUAAUAUUACACGUGAUCAUGCCGCAUUCAAGACUAUUAUUGAUAAUUCGAGUUUACAAAACGCAACAAUAGCAUAUUUUAGUGUUUCAACUUUUGAGGGUGAAGAAUAG